UAAGCUCAGUAACAGUGAAGACCGGGUACUUACUGGAAAGCAAUUUCUUGAGAUUAAAUUCUUUAGCCGCAUAUUGUGAGGUGUUCUUAAAAGGAUGAGAGUAUAAGGAAACUACAGAAAAAUAUCCAUUUCCAAAGCAUCUGGAAAAGGUGCAAAGUCUUUGAACAGCUGUCACAGAGGAGCAAAGAGAGGCAGUGAGAGACAGAGGGGAAGGAAAGACCUCACCAGCUCCCUGUUUUGUUGUUUUUUUUUUUUUUUUUUUCUGCUAAGUCCUAAACUCUGCUACCCAUGGAUGCUACAGAGUUCCGCAAGAGGGGGAAGGAGAUGGUGGAUUACGUUGCAGAUUACCUGGAGAAGAUAGAAAAAAGACAGGUCUUCCCAGAUGUGGAACCAGGAUAUCUGAGGAGCCUCAUUCCAGACUGUGCACCACAGGACCCUGAGAGCUUUGAGGAUGUCUUUAAAGAUAUUGAGAAAAUCAUCAUGCCAGGGGUGACUCACUGGCACAGUCCCUACUUUUUUGCCUACUUCCCUUCGGCCAGUUCCUUCCCAGCUCUUCUUGCAGACAUGUUAUGUGGAGGAAUAGGUUGUGUGGGCUUCUCUUGGGCUGCAAGUCCAGCUUGCACAGAACUGGAGACUGUCAUGCUGGAUUGGCUAGGGAAGAUGCUUAACCUCCCUGAAGAGUUUUUAGCUGGGAAGGAUGGGCAAGGUGGAGGAGUCAUUCAGGGAAGUGCAAGUGAGGCCACCCUCGUUGCACUGCUUGCUGCAAGAACAAAAACCAUCAGACGGGUGCAGUCAGAAAAUCCUGAGCUAACAGAGGCAGACAUCAUGGGCAGGCUGGUGGCCUAUGCUUCUGAUCAGGCUCAUUCAUCUGUGGAAAGGGCUGCACUGAUCAGUGGUGUGAAGAUGAAAAGUAUUCCUGCAGACGAUACAUUUACUGUUUGUGGUUCAGCCCUAAAGAAAGUUUUGGAUGAAGACAAAGCUGCUGGUCUUAUCCCAUUAUUUUUCUGUGCAACACUUGGAACCACACCUUGCUGCUCCUUUGACAAACUGCUAGAACUGGGUCCUAUUUGUAAUAAGGAAAAUAUCUGGAUGCAUAUUGAUGCAGCCUAUGCUGGGAGUGCAUUCAUCUGUCCUGAAUUCAGGCAUUUUUUAAAUGGAGUGGAGUUUGCAGAUUCAUUUAACUUUAAUCCCCACAAAUGGCUCCUAGUGAAUUUUGACUGCUCUGCUAUGUGGGUGAAAAAAAGAUCAGAUUUAAUCUGUGCUUUUAAAUUAGAACCUCUUUACCUGCAGCAUGACCACCAGGAGUCUGGCCUCAUAACAGAUUACCGGCACUGGCAGAUCCCCCUGGGGAGGAGGUUCCGCUCCCUGAAGCUCUGGUUUGUGCUGAGGAUGUAUGGGGUCAAGGGACUGCAGGAACACAUCCGCAAGCACGUCAGGCUGUCGCACCAGUUUGAACAUUUAGUCCUUCAGGAUGAAAGAUUUGAGAUCUGUGCUGAGGUUGUCUUGGGACUAGUCUGCUUUCGACUGAAGGGCUCAAAUGAACUAAAUAAGGCACUUCUUAAAAGCAUAAAUGAAGCCAAGAAGAUUCAUCUGGUCCCAUGCCACCUGCGAGAAAAGUUUGUGCUACGCUUUGCUAUUUGUUCCCGCACGGUGGAAUCCACCCACGUCAAGUUUGCCUGGCAGCACAUCUCACAGCUGGCGACUGAGCUCCUGAAAACAUGGGAACAAAACCACCACCAGCAGUAACAGUGGUGAGGUAGCAGCAGGGAGGAGGUAAUUAGCUGGUUUUCUCUGUGUUGCCAAGUUUAAUUUUAGGGGCAGGUGGGAAAGUUGAGUUAUGAGGGGAAAAAAAAAGCUGUUGCUACAUAGCCCAGCUGCAGUAGCAAAAUCCUUGCCAGCAAGUUGUGUUCUAACCUUAGUGAUUCACUCUCUGCACUGCAUUUUCAUCUUGCCUGUUUCCAGAAGGGACAUAUUCAUGGCAUCUCGAGCUGUCAUUUCUUUGCUGUUAGUUAUCAAGGGCAUUCAUUGAUCCCAGCAAUGGAAACAGAGGGUUAUUAUUCCCUCUGCUGCUGACAGCACAAAUACUACUCAAGAGAUGAAAAGGUGAGGUGUUGUCACCAAAUAAUUUAAUAUCGUUAAGGAAAUCAGAAAAAAAAAGGUUGUAGGAAGUUUAGUCACCUGGUUAUAACACUGUUUGGGUCCUAUUUAAGCAGGCAAGCACAAAUGUAAUGAGCUGGGUCACUAACAUGCCAUGACACACUUGCUGCUGUAUUUUUGCAAAUGAAGUUAGAACUUCAAGACUCUUUUCAUUAUACAGCCAAAGUGGGAGAGUGAAUGCUCACUGCCCUUAUGGCAGGUUCUCUCUCCUUACAAGUUUCCUUCUAAGACAGUGAUUUUGUCAAAUCUCAGCAAACAGUUUAUGCUGCUUAUUGGUUUUCACUUUGAUCAUCCAUACUGAUUCUCCAUCUUCAGAGUUCUGCCAAAAUCCACGUGCUACCUGAUGUUCUACAUUUUCAACUCAGUUAUUAUAAGCAGUAACUACUUCAACAUAAUCUGUAGGCCAUGUUGUGUGAAAUAGAGCUGUGACAUCAUUUGAUGGCUACCACUCCACUUGUUCCAUUGUUUAAUAAAGAAAUAUUUGUCAACAUGAAAUGUGUACCAGGCAGAGCUGGCAUGGCAUGCUGACUGCUCCUGGCCAUGUUUUGUCUCUGUGGCAUCCCAAGGAGGUAGGGGGUGGGAGCAGAGGGUGGCGUUGGUCUCUGCUCACCAGCAGCAGGAUGCACAGAACAGCACAAAUCUGCACCUAGGGAGAGUCAGAUUGGAUGUGAAAAAUUCCAUUACCGGGGGGGUGGUAAAAUACUGGAACAAGCUUCCUAGAGGGGUGGCUGAUGCCUUUUGUCUAUCAGCAUUCAGUGCCAUUUGCACAGUACCCCCAGCAGGGUGCUUUAAUUUUGGUGAGCCCUGAAGUGAUCAGGCUGUUGGCUUAUUACAUGAUCUCCCUUCCACCUGACCUAUUCUAAUACCCACAGAACUGCAUUUCCUCAAGGCCAGCACAAUACAGAAAUCUGAAUUUCACAGUUCUUGGUUUUUUUUAUCUGAAAUCUGGAAAUGAUUCGAAGCUGCAGUCAAUGAAGGCCUUUUUAGCAGCCAGUCUCCCAUUCCCUUGUUCCCCCAUGUGAUAAUUGCUUUGCAGAACAUUAGUGUUAAGUCAUCUGAAAAGAAAUAAAUAAUAAUAAUCUGGGCUAUGUAAUCAACUCGAGAACAAAAUGGUUCAAAAGAAUGUUUUUGAAAGAAGGACCUUUCUGCUGUUUCAGUUCUGUAGCUUUGCAACAUAUUUGUAAGUGAAAUUACUUUUGGUGGGGGAAACACAGUAUUAAUGAAUAGUUAAUAUGCGAACCUUUAUCUUUGCUCCUUGUGUUCAAAAGCUAAUGCAGUCUGUGCUGAUUGAUGCUGUUAGAAAUAGUUACAAAACCUCAGAAAAGCACUUCUUUAGGAGAAUACCCUAAUGGGUAGUGGCCAUAAGUUGCCCAGGAAGGUGGUGGAGUCACAGUCCCUGGAGGUGUUCAGUAAAUGAGUGGAUGUGGCACUGAGGGACAUGGUCAGUGGGCACAGUGGGGUGGGCUGGUGGUUGGACUGGAUGACCUUAGGGUCUUUUCCAACCUCGAUGACUCCAUGACUCUCUGUGAAUCUCUACCCCAGGCUGCACUGAUGUUGUUAUGUCCAGUUUCACCUUGCUUUCGUGUGUCAGACCAGGUUGGAUGGGGCACUGGGCAACCUGAUCUAGUAAAUGUGUAUGUUUGGUGGCCCUGCCAGGCAGGGGGGUUGGAACUACGUGAUCCUUGAGGUUCCUUCCAACCCGGGUCAUUCUGUGAUUCUGUGAUUCAUUCUGUUAUACUGUGCCCGUGGAUGGUUGUCACUGCUGUCACUGUGUCCAUCACAUAACCACGGGGUGCUGGGCUGUAAGUGACACCCAUGUAGACCGUGUAACCAAAGUGGAAACGUCACCUGAUGUUUGGUGCUUUUGUGAGCCGUGCGGUUCUGUUCACAUCCGUCCAAACUCUGUCAAAUCAACACGUCUGUUUUGUGAGCAGCACUAAUAAACAAAAAGCAAACCACA